GUCCUCCGUGGUGGCCCUGGGAGCCAACAUCAUCUGCAACAAGAUCCCUGGCCUGGCCCCGCGGCAACGCGCCAUCUGCCAGAGCCGGCCGGACGCCAUCAUCGUGGUUGGGGAGGGGGCACAGAUGGGCAUCAGUGAGUGCCAGCACCAGUUCCGUUUCGCCCGCUGGAACUGCUCCGCCCUGGGCGAGAGGACCGUCUUCGGGCAGGAGCUCCGAGUAGGAAGCCGCGAGGCCGCCUUCACCUACGCCAUCACGGCGGCCGGCGUGGCGCACGCCGUCACCGCCGCCUGCAGCCAGGGCAACCUGAGCAACUGCGGCUGCGACCGCGAGAAGCAAGGCUACUACAACCAGGCCGAGGGCUGGAAGUGGGGCGGCUGCUCGGCCGACGUGCGCUACGGCAUCGACUUCUCCCGACGCUUCGUGGACGCGCGCGAGAUCAAGAAGAACGCGCGGCGCCUCAUGAACUUGCACAACAACGAGGCCGGCAGGAAGGUCCUGGAGGAGCGCAUGAAGCUGGAGUGCAAGUGCCACGGCGUGUCGGGCUCGUGCACCACCAAGACGUGCUGGACCACGCUGCCCAAGUUCCGCGAGGUGGGCCACCUGCUCAAGGAGAAGUACAACGCGGCCGUGCAGGUGGAGGUGGUGCGUGCCAGCCGCCUGCGGCAGCCCACCUUCCUGCGUAUCAAGCAACUCCGCAGCUACCAGAAGCCCAUGGAGACGGACCUGGUGUACAUCGAGAAGUCGCCCAACUACUGCGAGGAGGAUGCGGCCACGGGCAGCGUGGGCACCCAGGGCCGCCUGUGCAACCGCACCUCGCUCGGCGCCGAUGGCUGCGACACCAUGUGCUGCGGCCGCGGCUACAACACCCACCAGUACACCAAGGUCUGGCAGUGCAACUGCAAAUUCCACUGGUGCUGCUUCGUCAAGUGCAACACGUGCAGCGAACGCACCGAGGUCUUCACCUGCAAGUGAGGCCGGCCGGCGGGCCGCGGCCUCAGCGGGCGGCCGCACAGCAUUUUGCACACGCCCCCUUGUUCUCCCCUGCCAGGGCUUCAGCCGGCGGUGGGCGGAGCUGGGUAGAGAAGGUGGGACCCCAGGCACACAGGAGGACACCUGCCGGGCCUCGGCACCCUCUCCUCGCCCCCUAAGGGCUCCUCCCUGCCGUCCUGGCCACCCCCCCACGGCAGAACAGUGUCCACGGACCAGCCGAGGGGUGCAGUGCCUGGCACUGGUGCUCCCAGAUAGGGCCCAGCGAACCCUUUUCUUCUUCCCGGG